GGCCUAAGCUUCUCGGUCGGUCGGCAACUCGGUUCGACUGCAAAAAUACUCAUCUUGACGCCAGCUUGUGCGCCUCAGCACCUCAGCUUGCCUGCGCAUUGGUGUCGGGGAUUGGAAUUCGGUCCAAGCACGAGACGUGCGCGCAUCCGAACUCGACGUCGCAUAGUUGCGCGAAGGCUCGCUGGGCCGCUAACCCACUUUCUUGGCCGCGGAGAGAAUAAAGGCGCUUGAAGACGAACCCGGGAGCCAGCGGGAACGACCCGCUGUCGCAAGAAACGCUCCUUAUCCCCACUGGGUCGCCCACUGCAGCAAGGGCAUUUGAUCCCGAGUCGAUACGCAAACGGCACCCGAGCAAGCGAAACACCACAAAAGCACCCCCUCCCGACUAUUAGCCCAUUUGUCUGGCCCACCAUGGCGGACUCGCAAUCAGGACAGCAAGACCAGCGGUCCUCUGGGCUCUUGCUUAAUCUCUCCUCGAACAACCCCUUCCGCAACCGCGCCGUGUCGCCCGUUGGCCCGCAAAGCCCGGCUUCUCCUUUCGACGACCCGCCUCCGCGGCCGCUUUCGCGCAACCCGUUUCUCGACCCCGCUAUCGCCGGCCGGUCCAGCUUCUCGGACAUCCGAUCCGCCUCGGAAGCCAUGUCUUUGGAUAAGCGGCCGUCUCUCACGGCCGAUGAAAUAUUCGGUUCCUUGAGUCUGGAAGACUCGUCAUCCAAAUCGGCUGCGCCGCCGAGGCCGGAUGGUGCGAAACCACCGGCACCUCCGAUGGGCCACCGUGGACCGCCCCCUCCAAACCGUGAUGGAUUGCCGCCACCCAACCGGAGGGGCCCGCCGCCGAAUCACCGUCCCACCCGAUCGCAGGAAGAGGCUCUGCGUGCUAGGAGGACGCAAGAAAAGGGCGACCGAUCCGACCGUCCGGAUCCUUCUCGCUCCCCCCAGCGGCGCCCUGAGAGGCGGCCGCGCAGGAACUCGGACUCGUCCAUCGUGGAUGCCGACAGGAUCAUGACGGAGGAGGAGAAAAAGCAACGCGAACAGAGGCGGCGCGAGCGCGAACGCCGACACCGCGAGAACAGGGAUAAGAAGCCUGUCAACCGCAAGCUUGACAUCAUUGACCAGCUGGACGCGACUAGCAUUUAUGGAACUGGCAUGUUCCACCACGACGGCCCUUUUGAUGCUCUUAACCCCCACCGAAACCGGAAAGGCAGCCGGCGAGCUCCAAUGCAGGCCUUCCCCGAAGGUUCGCUGAACAACACGAUUGGCGGGGCGGGGCCGUUAAACGCGCGCCCGGAUCACGCGACCUUCCUGGGACAUCAGGAGGACGAGGCUUUCAAGGAUUGGUCUAUGGGGGGCAAGGACAGGAGCAGCAGCAAAGGCGAAGUGCCCGUGUUCGACCCGCUCAGCCGCGGCACCGUCCUGCAUGGCGACGAAUCGCUUGGUCUCGGCACGUCGACCUUCCUGGAAGGGACGCCCGCGGCGCGGACGGCGAUUCAGAAACGCGAGGAAGAGCGGGCCGCUGAGGCCAUGAACGAGGGCCUGCAGCGCAAGAAGUCGCUCGCGCACCGCAUCCGCAACAUAAACCGAGGCGGACGCGAUAUCCAAGCCUCGGGCAGGCUGACCAACCCCGAAACCGGCUACGGCGUCCGCAGAUCGCCCGCCCAGAACGGACCGGCGUCCGCCUCCUUGUCGGAGAGGAAUCCGUUCUUCAGCGAGUUCGGGUCGGGCAAGGGCGAGGACGACUUCACAGUGCGCAGGACGGACACGAACGGCAGCAAGGGCUCGCCAACGAGCCCCAAGGGAGGAGGCGGGCCGGUGCUUGAGCGCAGGUCGACGACGGACGCCACCACCACCACCGCCGCCGGGCCCGGCGAGGAAGCGCAGCCGAAGGUGAGCGGCAUCCUGGGUCGCAUGAAGAGUCUGAAGGGAAGACGUCAGCGCCCAGGUCCUGCCCCUCCCGCCGGCGGCGACGCGGACGCCGGCCCCGCCCCGGGAACGGCGGUUUAGAGAAGCCGCUAGACGCGCCGUCCGCGGCGGCGGUGCGGAGUCAACGGCAGUUGGGCGCUCAAUCCGAUCGUCUCCCAGUCGGGAUGACCCCUCACGUCGACUGGCCCGAUUUACCUACGGAAUACCUUCCUACCCUGCCCUACGUCCCUUGCGGAUAUUGCU